GCGUCGCUGCUGCGACACUCGCAGCAAUUCGAUCGAUGGUUUGCUCGGCGCUGGGCGAAUUGCCGGAGCUGUCAUUUUAUUCGAACGCCUUCAUCAUCUGCUAAUUUGCUCAAAAUGACUGCAUGCCUUCCGCCAAAUUUGUUGGCAUUGUUCGAAGCAAGGCCACCAAUUCCAUAUCUCCCGCCUCCGACUGAUCUUCUUAUAGAAAAGAAGGAGAAGGGAAAGGUCGUUGAAAUAACAGGAAUCGCCGAAUACGUCAGUCUUUUUGAGGACCCGAAAGAUACUCCUCCCAAGCCUAUCAUUGAGACGAAAGCAGAGAAAAAAGAAAGACGUAGGCGAGAGAAGGAAGAGCUUCUGGCUUACAAGGUGGAGCAAGGUAUAGCUCAAUGGAAUCCGGCCGACAAUCCCAAUGCUACCGAGGACCCAUACAAGACUCUCUUCGUAGCUAGAAUAAACUAUGAAACCUCGGAAAAUAAGUUGAAACGUGAAUUCGAAACCUACGGGAAAAUAAAGAAGUUGGCAAUGAUCCACGAUUUGAAUGGAAAGCCGCGUGGUUAUGCUUUCAUCGAGUAUAGCGAUAAAGCGGAAAUGUCUAACGCCUACAAACGUGCUGAUGGAACAAAAGUUGACGGACGCAGACUAAUUGUUGACUACGAACGAGGUCGUACCCAGAAAUCAUGGCUGCCAAGAAGACUUGGUGGCGGUAAGGGAGAUACUCGAAGAGCGCGUGAAUCCCGCGCAGCAAUUGAAGAACGAGAAGCAGCCGGCUUACCUCCUGUAGACGGUGUUCGUGACCGUGACCGGGAUAGAGGUGAUUCGCCUCGUGGCCCACCAAAGGACAGCUAUCGUGACCACGACAGGAAUGGUUCCUCCAGACAUCGCAGUCGCUCCCGCGAUCGUGGAUAUGGAAGCCGUGGAAGCGAUCGCGGACAUGAUCGCGAUCGCUUUCGGGAUCGUGGAAGCAGAGACAAUGGAUAUGGACGCGAUGAUCGCCGAAGCGGUGGAUUCCGAGGACCUCCUCCUUCGUAUGGAGGUGGACGCGACAGAAGAUAA